AAAAGUUUUUAAGUUGGGUUCAAGGAGUCUUAAGCCAAGGCACUUGUUCUCGUAUCACUCUCUAUCUCUGCUAAUAGCAGUCAGAAACGCGUCUAGUAACAGUUUCUGUUUGUUAUUCACCAAGUAGUUUGAUUAUUUAAUAUUUAUUUAAGUCUUUUUAAGCAAAUAAAUAAAUGUUUUUCACUCUUCUUCCCACGACUAGGUACACGGUUUUUUGGAGAUUUAAUCGUACUUUAUUAUAAAUGUGGAUGUUGCUUUAGAUAAUUCAUUAACAAAUAAUGAAACAUCUUCAUCAUCAUUAGAAGAUGGUCCAUUUGAUUUAUUUAAAGACAAAAACAGUACUGAAUUGGCAUGUAUCAAACAGUAUCAUGAUAUAUAUUUAAAUGGUCAAACACAUCAUUCAUUAGCUUACACAAGACGUCAAAUAUCAACUAGCUAUUUCAUUCAGUAUAAAAAUUUAAAUAAUGGACAUCAUAUGUUUGGUAAAAUUGUUUUAUUUUUUAAACUUGGACUUCAAACACGUGCUGGUUUUGAACAAUUUACAAUCAAACAUGAAUUUACACGUAGAGUUGGUUUGUCUACGUCGACAAUACGUCGUAGUGUGGAUAAGACCGUCGAAGAUGACGAUGAUGAAGAAGAUAUUUAUCCACUAUUUCGUCGUGGACGAUUAUUUCGUGGAAGAGCACUUGGUCGUACAUCUUAUCGCCAUAUCAAUGUUAACGAACCAGAUAUUUCUAACAAUGAUAUACAUGUUGAUUUAUAUCGUGCACCAACAGAUCAGAUUAUACUUGACGCUGUUAUGUAUAAUGAUGAGAAUUUACUUGAUACUUCUGCAUCAAGUUGUAAAGAUUUUGCAGAAAGAGUUUUAAGUAAAUUAUACACACGUGAUGAAUUAGCUUAUUCGGUAUUACCAACAGGAAGAACAUGUUAUUCACGUUUACCAUUAGAUCCAGAAAGAUUUAAAAUUUUCCAUCGUGAGUUGCUUUUCAAUGUUAAACGAAAAUUUAAGUAUUCAAUCGACUGA